CAAAGUCGUCUUCUCCACCCCGGCCGGUCUCACCCCCAACCCAUUCUCCAUCCCCACCUCCACCUCCUCCGAUCCCAUCCACCCCCACCCUCACCGCCACGAAGUCAAAGAUCCAACCUUUACCUCCAUCGACAUGACGAACCCAUCGCCGGCGCCAGCCAAGGGGGCGUCGCUCCGGGGCAGCCAGCUGAAGCAGCUGCGCUCCCUCUUCGACCGCUUCGACAUGGACGGCGACGGCAGCCUCACCCAGCUCGAGCUGGCGGCCCUCCUCCGCUCCCUCGGCCUACGCCCCACGGGCGACGAGUCGCGCGCGCUGCUCCUCGCCAUCGACGCCGACGGCAGCGGCACCGUGGAGUUCGACGAGCUGGCGCGCGCCAUCGCGCCGGUCCUCACCGCCCACGCGCCGCGGCUCGUCGACCAGGCGCAGCUGCUCGAGGUCUUCCGCGCCUUCGACCGCGACGGCAACGGCUACAUCUCCGCCGCCGAGCUCGCGCGCUCCAUGGCCAAGCUGGGCCAGCCGCUCACCUUCGAGGAGCUGCGGACCAUGAUGCGGGACGCGGACGCGGACGGGGACGGCGUGAUUAGCUUCGGGGAGUUCGCCGCCGUCAUGGCCCGGUCCGCGCUUGACUUCCUCGGAGUCCCCGCCGCCUAAGAUGUGAGAUGACGACCGGGCGGGCUCCGGCUGGCUCUGAUCGGAUCGACCGGUAGUAUGAUUCUUCUUCUUUGGUAGAAGUAGAACUAGUGGUAGUAGGAUGGUUCAAGGCCCGGAUUAGAUCAACUGUAACGAACUCACACGGAAUUGCAACGUUGACCUGAAUGUGUAUAAAUUUUGGUAAUUUGGUCAA